AACUAAAACCAUCACCUCCUUUUCCCUCUCUACUACUUCACAUCAGUUCAGUGAGAGGUUCAGUGAGAGGGAGAGUGAGAAUCGGUGAUUCACACGUCAGAAGCUAAGUUCGAGUUGAAGUUCGACAUUCUAUAUCCAACGCGGCAUUCAGAGCCAUCAACCACCGAUGGAUCCCUCAUCUUCCAUGUCGCUGCCGCCAGCUCUGCACCUCGCAAUGGCGGCCUUGCUUGGAGCUUCUUUCAUGGCCAUAUCCGCCUUCUAUAUCCACCGCCGCACCGUCGACCACGUCCUGCACCGCCUCGUUGAAAUCCGUCGCGCGCCGCCCUCCGCCUCUGAAGAAGACGGCGCCGAUGACGACGACGAACGGAGCGGGUUCGGCCCAGACGGCGGGGAAACGGACACCGAUACUGACGUGAGAAACUUGUCGAGGUCCGUGGACGAGAACCUGAACUUGCUUCGAAGCUAUAGGAUUUCCUCUUCCAUGCCGAACGUGGCUUCACUUGCUGAUUGGUUCCGGGAGGACCCUAGGAACCGUGCUUCGUCGCUAGAUAACUUCCAAUCCGUUCCGUUAGGGCUUCCGUCUGCGACGAAUGUUGUGUGUGCAGGAGAGAAUGCUCAUAUUUCGUGUUCUUAUAAGAGAAUUGCGUCUGUUGGUAGAAUUAAGACCCCGAGAUCACCGGGGCGUAAUACGUUUGAAAGUGUUGAGGAUUCUGAUGAAGAGGGAACUCAGUUUGGUGAUGACAGUCGCAUUCCUUUCUAUCCUGUGACUAGAGACGGACCAAAUUCAAGCAUAUGCAAUUUGCCUGCCAUUCCAUUCAGAGUUGAUGAUUCAAACACUGCAAAAAACCAGAUUUGUGGAGAGGUUUCAAAAGAAGCAAAAAGGGGUGCAGAUGUGAAUGAAGGGGGAAUCGCUAAUUCAACUUCCGUAGCUGGGAAUGACCUGCUGUUUGUCAAUAAUGUCUUGCAAGCAAGGGGCACUACCCUUGAGCCGGCAAAUAUCGAAGAAGAAGAAGUAUGCAAGAUGAUUAGGGAAUGCUUAGAUUUGCGUAAGAAAUAUGUUUACAAGGAAAAUAUUGUUCCUUGGAAGACUGAACCUGUUGCAACUAACUCUGAUCCGUUUCAUUUUGAACCAGUUGAAGCAACAACACACCAUUUUAGGAUGGAAGAUGGAGUCGUACAUGUUUUUGCAAGUAAAACUGACCCUGAAGAGCUCUUCCCUGUUGCAAGCUCAACGGCAUUUUUUACUGAUAUGCAUUACAUUCUUAAAGUCAUGUCUAUUGGGAAUGUUCGAUCUGCAUGCUACCACAGACUGCGAUUUCUGGAGGAAAAAUUCCGCCUUCAUCUGUUACUAAAUGCAGAUAGGGAGUUUCUGGCUCAGAAAGGUGCACCACACCGCGAUUUUUACAAUAUCAGGAAAGUUGAUACUCAUAUUCACCAUUCUGCUUGCAUGAAUCAGAAGCAUCUCGUCCGCUUCAUCAAAUCAAAAUUAAGAAAAGAACCGGAUGAGGUUGUAAUAUUUAGAGAUGGAAAGUAUAUGACACUUAAGGAGGUGUUUGAGAGUUUGGAUUUGACCGGAUAUGAUCUGAAUGUUGAUUUGUUGGACGUCCAUGCAGAUAAGAGCACAUUUCAUAGAUUUGAUAAAUUCAACCUAAAGUACAAUCCUUGUGGGCAGAGCAGACUCAGAGAGAUAUUUUUAAAGCAAGAUAAUCUUAUCCAGGGAAGGUUUCUGGCUGAAGUAACGAAGCAAGUUUUGUCAGAUCUUGAAGCAAGCAAGUAUCAGAUGGCUGAGUACAGGAUCUCUGUUUAUGGAAGAAAAAUGAGUGAAUGGGAUCAGCUGGCUAGUUGGUUUGUUAACAAUGCUCUUUAUAGUAAGAAUGCUGUAUGGCUAAUCCAGUUACCACGGCUAUACAAUGUGUACAAGAAUAUGGGAAUUGUUAACUCCUUUCAGAAUAUUCUGGAUAAUGUGUUUAUUCCUCUAUUUGAAGCCACAGUAGAUCCAAAUUCUCAUCCUCAAUUACAUUUAUUCUUGAUGCAGGUGGUGGGAUUUGAUCUUGUAGAUGAUGAGAGCAAACCAGAAAGGCGUCCAACUAAGCACAUGCCUACACCAGCUGAGUGGACAAAUGAAUUCAAUCCAGCUUACUCUUAUUACAUCUAUUACUGCUAUGCAAACUUGUAUACGCUUAAUAAGCUGCGCGAGUCUAAAGGAAUGACAACAAUAAAAUUGCGGCCGCAUUGUGGAGAGGCUGGCGAUAGUGAUCAUUUGGCUGCUGGCUUCCUCCUGUGCCAUAACAUUUCUCAUGGGAUUAAUCUACGGAAAACUCCUGUUUUGCAGUAUUUAUAUUACCUUGCGCAGGUUGGGUUAGCUAUGUCACCCCUUAGCAAUAAUUCCCUUUUCUUGGAUUAUCAUCGCAACCCACUGCCCAUGUUUUUCCAGCGAGGUCUUAACGUCUCUCUCUCUACGGAUGAUCCUUUGCAAAUUCAUUUGACAAAAGAGCCACUGCUGGAAGAAUAUAGUGUUGCAGCAAAGGUAUGGAAACUUUCUUCUUGUGAUCUAUGUGAGAUAGCCAGAAAUUCUGUAUACCAAUCUGGAUUCUCACAUCCAGCCAAGUUACACUGGCUUGGCGAUAAAUAUUUCUUGAGUGGUUCUGAAGGAAAUGAUAUUCAUAAGACAAAUGUACCCGAUUUGAGGGUCUCUUUCCGAUACGAGACAUGGAAGGAGGAAAUGCAAUAUAUUUACGCUGGUCAAGCCAACUUUCCUGAAGAUGUAGAUCCAUGAAACAAGCGAGAUGAAAGUCAUCUAUGACGCCAACCUCAGCGCAUCCAAUAUUUCAUUUGAUAAACAGCAGCUUUGGCAGUGACUAAGCCACAGUUAUAUUCCAAGUUCUGACAUAGUUCUCUACAAGUCUUGCCAGUCUUGCUUCAUGUUGGCUUCCAACUCUGUCCCCGACAUUUCAAUCGUAUAUUUACGUGGCACUGGCAGGGAUACUUUUUUUUCUAGUUUAUCAAAACUAAUCAGUAGUUAAUAAUUAUUGACAUUUUAAUUAAGAAAUAUAAAUAUGCAGAAUCUGGUUGUCCCAUCCUUUGCAUUUUGCCACAUAACUAUGAAUAUGCAGGAUGAAAGAUCAUCUUAAAACUUGUAUUUAAA